GGCACCUGCAGCAGCAAGGGAUGCGGCAAACACAAAUUAAAUUAAUACAACUCGGCAUUGUCAUGGACUGCAGGUGGCUCAACUGAAUGAAACUCCAACUCCAACUCAAUGUAUUCAAGGUUUACUGGGCGAAAUAUGAAGAGAGUGUUGCAUGGUCUAAGACCAAGUCUAAGGUCUAAGGGCAGAGAAUUGCUUUUAGCUAUACAAAACAAACAUGCAAAACAACAGCUAAGAAAUGCACAGUGCGUAUGCAUGUUAUUUUAAUAUAUAUUAACAAAUAUGUAUGUGUAUGUGUAAGAGAUGUGUAUUUAUUAUUGACACUUCAAUUUUUAUUUCCUACACUAAAAUUGUUACUUUCUGUUAAGAAUUUUAAACCCAAACCCUUUUAUUUAAACCAAUGUAUAUAAAUUAAACUGUAUUUGUGAUUUAGUCUACAGAAUGUGGUUUAUUUCCGAUUAUUCCAAUUCAAAGCAUGUGCAAAGCUAAAUUCUCAACUGCCCCAUGAAAACUUGAAUUCUCUUUAAAUUUGAUUACUUUCUCUUAGGCUUCAGAUUUGUAAAAGGCUUUUCCAAUACAUUCUCAAGUGAAAUAUGGCCGAUUUGGACAUUGACGAUGUGUUCGAUACACUUGGCUUUGGCCGCAUGCAACUGAUUAUAUUUUUUGGCUGUGCAAUACAACAGUUUUAUGUGACCAACGAGCAGUUCGGCAUCUCGCUGAUAACUGUGGCAGCAAGGUGUGAGCUUAACAUCGGUGAUCAUCACUUGUCCUGGCUCAUGACCGCGGGGCUGAUAGCGCAGGUCUGCACCAGCCAUUAUAUGGGCUUCAAGUCGGAUGAGAUCGGGCGCCGCAAGCUGCUGGUCAUCACCUCAACGCUGACCAUAGUGACCUCGUUUAUAUCGUCGCUGAUGCCAGAGUUCUGGUCGUUCCUUGUGAUGCGUUUCAUAGUGGGCUGCUUUCUAACAGGUCCUGGCAUGGCGCUGCUCACGUACAUGGGCGAGUUCACCAAGAUCAAGCUGCGGCCCAUGGUGCUCAAUUUCCUGUGCUAUUCCAUUGGCAUCAGCAUGAUGUAUGUGCCAGCUUCUGCGAUGUUGAUAUUGCCGCAAGACAUAAACUUAAAGAUCUCCGGCGACUAUGCGAUUAGCGGCUGGCGUGUGCUCAGCAUGACCAAUCUGCUGCCGGGCAUCAUUUCCCUGCUCAUGCUCUUGCCCAUGCCCGAAAGUCCCAAGUACUAUUUGUCCGUCCAGAAGACGCAAGAGGCUCUCGACGCCCUGGAGAUGUGCUGUCGGUACAACAAGGGCAAGAAUGUAACGCUGAAGAGUCUGGGCAUCGAUUCUGUAACGCAGUCAAAUCUUCGCCGUGAUUCCCUGGUACCUCAUAAGAACUUUUUCCGACGUAUCUGGCACGAUACGAAACCCCUGCUGCAAGGCAGCAAUGCGCGCUACAUGCUCAUAGUUAUUGGAAUUAUGUUUUUUAUGUUUGCCACCGGCGCUGUCCUGACGGUUUGGAUGCCGCGCGUUCUUAAAAUGACAAACGAAAUCGAAGAAAGUAUGAUACUCUGUGAUGUGUUAAAAGCAUAUGCCGCUCAGAAUGCCAGUACAGCCGUUUCCAAGUGCCAUUUGGUUACAGCUAAUCUGCUCGCUUCCUUUUAUCAUGGCAGCGCCUGUUUGGUUGGAUUCAUGCUGAUCAGUGUCUUGUUGAUUUGUCUUAACCGUAAGACAAUUCUGUUGGGCUUCUCGGUUCUCUCCACUUUGUCAGGUUUCAUGCUGAACUUCGUCAUGCGCGAUGAGCUGGUCAUUGCGGCAUUUGUCCUGCUCGUUGUGCCGCCGCUGUGUAGCUUGCGAUUGACGUUGUCUGUGAUCAUCGAUGUGGUAGCCACGCAUUUGAGAAGCAAAGCUGUCGCCCUGUCUAUGAUGUGUGGUCGCUUUGGCGUUCUGGUCGGCAGUCUAUUUGUGGGCUAUACGCUGAAAUGCUGCUGCUUUGUAACAUUCAAUGUGUACGUUGCGGGCAUGUCAAGUAAGUGGCCGAUGCAUAUGGUGCGUAUGCUUGAUAUUGUAAGACUCCCUUUUAUGCAGUUACCAUUUUGCUCAUCUUUUUUCUACCGAAGAAGAAAACUGGCAACAACUAAGUCGCCCAGGCUUUGCUUAUUCGGAUUGUACUUGUUUGGCUUUUGGUUUGAUUUUGUCUAUAGAUUUUAAAAAUUCAACUUGUGUUCACCAUAAUUGGUAAGUUGCUCCGCCUCCAGACUUUGACAGUACAGCAAUUGCAGUAUCUGCUGCAUUUCCGAACUGGGCUACAAGACGGAUACGAUUUGGCACAACUGCGCGGUCUCUGAAUCGCGUGAACAACUUUAAAGUGCUCGGCGCACAUGAGGACUAUGCACAUGAUUGAAAUAUAUAUUUUUACUACUACGGCGGUGUCUGUGACGUUAUAUGCAUACUUAUAUUAUAGUCGUCGAGAGCGUCGAGCUUCAUUAUCAGCUGAUUCAAACAGUCAAUCAAUCAAUCAAUCAAUCAAUGGAGCGCACAGCACAGAAUGUGGCAAAAGGGUUUAUGGCGAGAGUUCAAAGAUUUUUGUUACCAAUGCCCUUUUAACUAAAAAU